ACAAUGAAAAAAAAAGUCAGACGUAAUCAUAACCAUAUAAAAAUCCAUUUACGACAUAGCAUCAUUACCAAGUAAUGCUCUCGCUUGACAUUAUGUUGCUAACUUCUAAAUUGAUGUGCGAUUGUUUGACAUGUCAACGUCGAGUUCAUUACCUCAGGAACUAACACGGGGACUAAAUAAAGCGUUCGAAAAUGAAGGAGAGAUCGAAAAAAUCUGGCAUUUUAAGACCGUUCGUACGGUUCAUCAUUUUGAUAAUUUCUAUGUUUAUUUAUUUAGCGAUUGGCGCCGUUGUCUUCAAUCGCCUUGAGAAUGACAACAACAUUGCUUCACAGAGAAAACUUUACGAAUCCCUGAUCGAAUUCAUGGAUGAUCACCCAUGUCUUUCGAACGAAUCACUUCAAUACUUCUUUGAGAAUGUGGACAAAGCUAUUGAAAUGAGUGUGGUGAGUGUGACACGACAAUCAAGGAUCAGAGAUAGUAGCGCCUUAUGGGAUAUACCAGCUUCGUUCUUCUUCACUUCUACUAUUGUCACUACAAUAGGUUAUGGAAAUUUUGCCCCUAAGACUGACGGAGGUCGUAUUUUCUGUUCAUUCUAUGCAUUCAUUGGGAUCCCUCUAACUGGAUGGUUUCUUCUUACAAUCGGUGACGCCCUUCAGGUAUACUGGAAUAAGAUAAGACAUCAGACACAUCGUCUUACUGUAAAGAUACCACAUGAGCUCACCCGUAGAUGCAUUCAUUUUAUUAUCUAUUCGACGUUCAUCCUCAUUAUCCUCCUCCUCUUUCCUGGUUUUGUCUUGAUGUACACCGAAGGCUGGAGUUACCAAGAUGCCGUCUACUACUGCUUCAUAACGUUUAGCACGAUUGGAUUCGGCGAUCUGGUGGCGGGGGAUUCACAGAAGCACAAUGUAGGCUUGUGGAUUUUGAAUGUAACUCAUGUGGUAUUUCUAUUAAUGGGACUGAGUAUUAUGUCUAUGGCACUGAAAGGGAUGGGUAAUUCUCAGAAGACGAGUUACAAGAAAGCAAAGACAGCGGUUCGAGACCUCGUUCAGAAAGCAAGUAGGAAGAAGAGGCAGAAGUCUCCACCAGUGACAAUACCCAUUGAUUUGAAUACAUCAAACGUUUCAAAAUCUCAAGUUUGACAUUAAAACUUCAACAGUUUAAACUUCUUGGAGCUGUUUAAUGUUCCCCAGAUAAAAUUGUAAUAAGCAUUUUGGGUAUAACCAGAAGCAUGUGACGGAUCCGAGAUUUCAUUAGUGAUGGGCACGGAAAUGGGGGCAGUUUCUUCAGAACUUUCUAAGAAGCCAAAGAGAAGAGCCCUCACCCCUGGAUUCGCAUCUGCGGAAAGUGUAGUGAUAGAUUCCACCAUGCAGAGAAAGGGACCUCGUCGAGUUCGAAAAUAUCGGACACGUGUGCUGUCGCUAUGUGUGGUCAUCAGUACCCGCGAAGGGCACAGGAGGGCUGCAAAGUUUGAUUAUCGUUCUAUCAACAAAAUGCACCAAACUCUUUAAAACUAUAGAUGUCGAAUUAAAAAAAAACACGCAAAAAAUUGACACCACUGUCAGUGCAUGGAGCUAUUAGCUCACCGUGGUCAGUGUUAGUAUAUUAGCAAUAUCAAGUUACAUAUCUUUAUUGUGGAAAACUUUGAUUCACAUUAUAAUCUACCAGGCUUUGGGGGUCAUCGGGGACCCCUGGAGCCACACCCAGAGACUACGUUUGAUUUGACAAACGUAUUUUAUGACACGAAUAAUCUCUAUCCUCGUUCUCACUGUCGAGCGAUCAGUUGCGAACGCCACGAUUGGCCUUUCGUAACUGAUCGCGAAAUUUUUUGGACCAUUCCAAAAAGUUUCUACGAUCAAUACGAUUGCCACGAUUGAUCUGAUAUGAUCUGAUACGAUCUUAUAUGACCUGAUACGAUUAUUACGAUUACGCCACGAUUAAGAGCAUAGUCUUAAUCAUGGUGAGAAUUGUAAAAGUGAGAAGGAGGUGAAUUCUUAAGCCCAGCGCACACUAUGCUAUCCGAUGCAACACUAUUUUUUUAUACAUCGCAUUUUGCAUUACAUGAAAGUUCCAAGAGGUAAAAUUAUUUUAUUUGAAGUUCUGCAUAAUAUUAGGAAUAAUAAAAUCAUAUUAUUGCUUUUCGGCAAGCCCCUUGGUAAGAAGUAAAGUCCAAAUCGGCUUCAAGUCGCAGCCGAUGAUAACGUCAUUACGAAUUGUAAUUGAUUUUUGCUGUUAUUCCUACAGGGAGGCUCGAACUAGACAGAAUUUAGAUUUCAGUCGUCCUCCUACGAUUUUGAACUUUAACUGCAAACAUCUAUUGGUUGGAAUGUUCAUAUAAAAUGUUAUUACAAUUUCUUUGACAUUUGGGUGUCAUCAAAUCGCUAGUGUGCGCUGCGGGAUCCACUUUUUUUGGCUAUACAGCGCGUCCCAAAAAAUGUCCCUCUGACAUAGGGCUGAAUUAUUUCUAAAAUGUGGUAGUAUUCUCAAAUAAAUGUUCAUGAGUAGAAAGCUCAUUUUAUGAUCUAACUUCUACAAAAAUUUCAUUGGUCGCGCUUUAGCGGUUUUGAAUACACACUCUGCUAUGUAACAGUGGUGCAUUUUAGCCCAUUCCAAGUUUGCAGCAUUGAUGCAUUUCUGCAUUGUCUAUGGCAUGUCAACCUCCAUUUUACAUCCAGGAUCUGAGCAGGCACAUUUCCCUAAACAUAUCCAGGCUACUUUGGUAUGUUCAGAAGGACAAGAAACAUAAAAUAUAAGUUUGUUUGAUGAUUGAUAAGGGGAAUCAACCAACUUGAAAGAAAAUGUGAAUGAUGGAUGAGGAAAAUAAGCUGAAAAAUAAAGGGGAAUUCACAAGUUAAUCACCCUUUGCGAAAAGAAACUUUGCCUGAGAAAAUUUUGUUUUUUUCUUCUUUUAAACAGUUAUGUCCAGUGAUUGAAUUAACUUGACAUCAGUAGCUUAUUAGCUAAACAAAAAGGAAUGAAAACAAAAAUGCAGUAUUGUUGGAAUUAGGCAUGAAACAGACAUGACCCGUUGUCUCAAUCAUUACAUCUCCCGUUAUCAAACAUGAAAUGAACUGUCAAAUACUGUUUUUGCCCUUCUGACUGGGCCUUCUGAACAUGCUCAAGGUUGUGAUUUAAUGAGCCUGGUUAGAUCAUGGAGAUUUCUCUGGUCAGAUCAGGGAAUUCGUUGGUCAGCCUGGUCAGAAUGGUCAAAGUGGGUUGAUAUCCUAUAGAAAGUGCAGAACAACAGCAGUGCUGCAUGCAUGCAAACUUGGAAUGGGCUGAAAAGCACCACUAUUACAUAAUAGACUGUGUAUUCAAAACCACUGAAGUGAGACCAAUUAAAUUUUCAUAGAAGUUAGAACAUGAGAUGAGCUUCCUAAUUCCAUACAUUUCAUUGAAAAUUAUUCUUAUUUUUGGAAGUAAUUAAGCCGCAUAUCAGAGGGACAUUUUUUUUGGGACGCACUGUAUAGGCAGGCCUACAGGUUCCAAGCCAUUUCUAUAGCUAAAAAAAUGUAGGUUGAUAACAACCGAUGACAUCCACUAUUGGCUUUAGGGUACCAGCAUUUAUCAAAACCACGUGGCCAAUAUUCACUGGUGAUCCGAAUCGCAUCAAUAUACAGAAGAGAGUUCAUAUGUUCUUAUCUGACUUAGUGAUCAUUAUUAUGUCGAUGGGGUCAAAUGGAAUACGCGGGUAUAGUAGUAAGAAUAUAACCCUAAUUUAUAAUUGAUAGGCCUAUGAAAUAACAUUACAUCAAUAACAUCAGCAUUAUUAUGAAUUAUUUCGUUUUGAGUGAUAUUGUGAAUUGAUAUUUAAUCUUUAUCUUGUAGAGAUCAGGAAGCAUAUCUGUUAUAAAAGUAUAUAGCAAUGUUUUGUUCUUUCAAUGAGGGGAUAUCUGUUUGCUGAAUUGAGGACGUAGCAUCCUAAACAAACACGAAUUCAUUGAAUCCCUGUUUGUUGCAAGCCUCGACCCAAAACAAAUACCAUACUAUACAUGUCUAGAUUGAAUUUUAGUUAUUAAAAUUGUAUAUAUCCACAGUACUUGUAUGUGAAAUUAGAAGCAUUUCCCUCUUAAUCUAUGUCAGUUUUCUCAAAUCAAAGAGUUAUCUUGCUCAAAAACAAUAAAAUUGUAAUUGUCUUGCUGAGAUUUUGUUUGUCAGUGGAGGUCCACACUUUUCUCCCUUUUAAUAUUCUAUUUACGCAAAUCUAUCUCUAUAAGUCACUAUUUAGUAAGCCAGCUUCUUGAUACUAAUAUAAUUAUGACCAAAGCAUAAACUGAAUAGCACUAUAUUGUGUCAAACAGGAUAUAAAAUUAUCAUGAUAUAGAAUUACUUACGACUGAACAUGCAAAAAAAAAUCAGAUUUAUUGUAGUGCAGGAGAUAACGUCUUCAAAAUCUGAUUGUGCAGAUCAAAUUGCAUUCAUAUACGAAUCACUUUACGAAUUACUGGGUUAAGAUGAGCAAAUAUGAAAUUGAUAUUCAUAUUAGUCCUUUAGUCAUUCCUUGAUGAAUUCGCAGAUAUUGUUGACUAUAAUUAUUAAUAGUGUUUUAAUCUAGAGACGGUGCAAGUGAUUGAAAAUAGGAAUAUUGUCGGCGUGUAUGAUAAAGCCAUGCAUCAUUUAUCAAUAUAUUCUUUCUUUCUUUCUUUUGUUUUUCUCUCUCCUUUUAUUUUUUCCCAUCACUUGAAAAACAAUUGGAGAGUACUUCGCCCUCAACCCCUAACCAUAAUUUAUAGCACCCUCCUAGCAGUAACUAGUAUAUGCUUUUUGUCUAAAUUUAAUUGAAAUUAUUCGAAACGUAGCUUUACUUUGUAAUAAUAUGUGGGGAUACAUUUUCGUCGCAUAUAAAAUAUCGGCACUUCAUAGUCUAGUAUAGUUCGCAAAGUUGUGCAUAAUUAUAGACACUAUAAUUUAAAUCAAAACCUGGUUUAAAGUUGUAGUUUAACUAUGGAGAGUCAGUUGGGGCACAGUACACAUCAAAUUUAUUAACUCAUUUGACACUCAAAUUGUUCAUAAUUGUCUGCAUAGGAAUGAUAACUAUUCAAACUAUUUUGAAGUAUCUGUCUUCAUUAUUAUGUAAGCAACAGGAAACAAAAUAGUAAACAUAAGAGAUAUGAAAUGUAAAAUUUGGGAUAAGUUUGUCUUAUCAUAAUUUUAGCACUGACUUAGACCGUGGCCUAAGCCAUUGCUAAUAUCAUGAUAAGCCAAAAAUUCAAAAACUUUAUGAACACUUUACGCUUUAAUAUUUAUUGUGCUCCUUUACCUAGCUUAAAUGGUGAAGAAAACUUCUUAGUUAUCAUUCUGAAAGAAUUAUGAAUGAAUUAAGUGCCAAUUGUGCUGUCAAAUUCAACUUCUGUUGUUGAGAUUUGUUCCACAAAUUUUGGCUAUCCAAACUUAAACCACAACUUUAGACCCGAGUUACAAUUAAACCCGACUUCAAUAUACGGGCCUAUGUGCAUAACUCUUACGAACUAUACUGCCACCCAUUCUAAGUUACCCAAUGCACUAUUAUUAUUCACUUUAUGUAUAACAGUUAUGUACGAUUUUUUAAAUAUCGUUUAAAUACGAAUAGAUCACGUUCACA